UCUGUCUCUUGUUAUAGCAUAUCACUGGUAGAUAUUACCAUUCUUAACUCGACCAACCACCAUGGCAACUCAAACAGUGACUGAAAACGCACUUCUUGCUCGGGCACGUGCAAGCCACAGCAAGGAAGACUGCCAGACCCUCUAUGCCGAAUGGGCUGAUACUUAUAACUCGGAUCUUGCCGACGCCUCUCAAGACUACGUUGCUCCCUUCCUCGCCGCCGAAACUGCGCUCGAGCACACUACCAACGUCAAGGGUUUAAUACUGGAUGCUGGCUGCGGGACUGGGCUGGUAGGAGAAGCGCUUGCACGGGGUGGGGCAGUCACGAUCGAUGGUCUUGAUCUUUCACCCGCCAUGCUCAGAGUAGCCAGAAACACAGGCGUUUAUAGGGAUCUUGAUAUUGGGGAUCUGACGCAGCCGAUUGAGAAGCCCGACGAAGUCUAUGAUAUCGUGACGUGUGCUGGUACAUUCACGCACGGCCAUGUUGGUCCAGUUCCGGCCUUGAGAGAGUUUGUGAGAGUCACCAAGACACAUGGUAUUAUUGUUGCGACGAUAUUGGAGGAUAUAUGGGUGUCUGGUGGGUUCAAAGCUGAAGUGGAGCUGUUGGAAGCAGAACGUCUCGUUAAGGUAGUUAAUGUGGAGCUCAAGGACUAUAGAAGGGGAGCAGGCGAUAAGGCAACUUUCGUUGUUCUCGAGAAGGUCGGUUCUGUUUGAACAGGGCAAUGACAUUGUAGCCUUUUGAAGCCAGGCUUUAAAUCGAGAAUGAUAAGGAAUUUCAAAGGGCUUUUUUGGG